AUGCGGGGCUGCGGGGCCCGGCUGGUUUGGCUGCUGGUGCUGGCACUGGUGCUGGCCUGGCUGGGCCCAGUGUUGGGUGGUGAGGAGGAGGAAGGUGGGGAGGUGGUGGCGGAGAAGGAGGGGAAGGAGGAUGAGGGGGUCUCGGAUGAGCUCAAGGAGGAGGAUGGCGUCCUGGUGCUUCAUGAGCACAACUUUGCCCGUGCCCUGGCUGAGCAUCAGCUGCUGCUGGUGGAGUUCUACGCGCCCUGGUGCGGGCACUGCCAGCGCCUGGCCCCUGCCUUUGCCCAGGCAGCCACCACGCUGAGGAACGAGUCCAGCCCGGCGUGGCUGGCCAAGGUGGACGCCACGGCACAGGUGGCCCUGGCCAACGAGUUCGGCAUCACCUCCUACCCCACGCUCAAGCUCUUCCGUGGUGGCAACCGCACCCACCCCAUCGCCUACACUGGCCUCAUGGACGCUGAGGGCAUCGUGCGCUGGGUGCGGCGCCGGGCCGGCCCCAGCGCGGUGCUGCUGCAGGACCCCAGCACUGCCGCCGCCUUCGUUGCCUCCCAGGACUUGGUGGCCGUCGGGUUCUUCAAGGACCUGGAGAGCGAGGUGGCCCAGGCGUUUUAUGAGGUGGCCAGUGAGAUGGUGGACUUGCCGUUCGGUGUGGCCAAGGAGGCUGAGCUCUUCAAGGAGUACGGGCUGUUGGCUGACACUGUCUGCCUUUUCAAGAAGUUCGACGAGGGACGGACAGACUUCCCCGUGGACCCGGUGAAGGGGCUGGAUGUGGCCGAGCUCACCCGGCUGCUCCGUGUCCACAGCCUGAAGCUGGUGAUGGAGUUCAGCUCUGAGACUUCCAAUGAGAUCUUCAGUGCCAAGAUCCCCCACCACAUGCUGCUCUUCCUCAACAAGUCGUCGUCGGCUCAGCUGGGGCUGCAGGACGGAUUCCAGGCAGCUGCCACUGCCUUCCGGGGCCAGGUGCUCUUCGUGGUGGUGGAUGUGGCUGGGUACGGUGCUGAAGUCCUGUCCUUCUUUGGCAUGACGGCUGCCGACGCCCCCACCCUGCGCCUGGUCAGGAUGGAGAACAACCGCAAGUACCGGAUGGAGCAGGACACCUUCUCGGACACGGCCAUACGGGCCUUCAUCCAGGAGGUGCUGGAUGGCAAGGUGAAGCCACACCUGCUGAGCGCAGAGCCCCCAGAGGACUGGGACACACGGCCUGUAAAAGUCCUGGUGGGGAAGACCUUCGAGCAGGUGGCGUUCGACGAGACCAAGAACGUCUUUGUCAAGUUCUACGCGCCCUGGUGCUCCCACUGCCAGGCCAUGGCGGCCGCCUGGGAGGAGCUGGGAGAGCGUUACAAGGACCACGAGGACAUUGUCAUUGCUGAGAUGGACUCCACAGCCAACGAGCUGGAGAACAUCACCAUCCAUGGCUUUCCCACCCUGCACUACUUCCCCGCAGGGCCAGGCAGGAAGAUGAUUGAGUAUAAGAGUGCUCGAGAUGUGGAGACCUUCUCCAAGUUCUUGGAAAAUGGGGGGACGCUGCCUGAGGAGCCUUCUGUGCCCAAGGCCCCUGGGAACAGCACGGGCAGGGAGGAGCCGCUGGGAACAGCAGAAACCCGGGAGGAGCUGUGA